CGACGAUCGUCACCAAGAUCCCAGGAUUCCUGGAUCCCGAUAUCCCAUCGCGACGUGUUUUUCCACGCGCAUAAAGGCUUAUUAAUUCGUGCCUCGAAACCUAUUGGGGAAACGUAGUAAACUGGCUGAGAGAAAGAGAGAGAUAGAGAUAGAAAGCAGGCUCUUGCGCGUCGCGCCGCGAGACGUCAGUCGCGCGCGGACGAAAGACGGGCAACGGACUUGUUUGUUCUUGUUUGACCCGUGGCUUAUUGCGACACCCGGACGAAUUUUCAUCAUCGACGAGUCACCCCGCGAGCGAGAUCGGAUGGGAUAAGGCCUGUGACUUAUUUGCGAGCCCUGAUGCUCGCUUUCCUCCCUUUGGCGGGACCAACGACGAAGGCGGUUUUUGAUUGACGAUUUCGCGGUUUCUCGGAAGCAGAGUAUGCGGGCACAGAACUGUGAUGAUAUCAGGGAAAGGAUGAAGAAUAACGUAUAUACAUCUUCUAUGAAGUCCUUCAAAACCGUUUUUGUAGAAGAUACAAAUAUUUCUAAGGAGGAAACUAUUGCGAGUCAAGCUGCAUUGCACAAUGUCCAGCUUAUACGGAAUUUGCCUAAUAUUUUAAGAAGCAGUAAUACGAAAACGCCCAAAAACCGGAAACUAUCGGACAAGAUCGACACCUCCUUCAUAUUCAGUACGGAAGACGGAAAUACCUCUUUGGAAUUAAAUACGACGUCAUCCAGUAUUGAUUUAGAUAUGGAAGCCAAUUAUAACAAAACCACUUCACCAAAAUCGCACCAUCAAAGGAAGCAAGUGCACAAUCCGUUGAACAUACAAGAUAUUUCCGAUUGCAACAAUAAUAAAAGUAAAAAUAUACUGCCAAAAAUUGAUCAGUUCGAUGAAUUAUGUUUGUUAGCAAGUCGCGAAGAGAACGUACCAGCGAAGAGAACGAAGUAUAAUGACAAACAGAAAAAACGUUCGUCUGAUAAAAAGACGAAAAAAGUAACACCUCGCAAAGCUGGCAGCAAAACGCGAGUGUCAUGUAAAAAGCCGGACGCUUUAGCCACUAUUCCAGAUGUAAAAAUUAUGAACACCAUAGUGCAAAAUACUAAUAAUUUUUUCGAGAAUGAUUUACUUACUCAGCCAGUCUGCAACCCUAAUUUUUCAAAUAUAAAUGUAAACGAUUUACAUGACAUUGCAACAAAAUCGGUUGAGCCAUUUAAUGUUUUCUAUCGCAACAACGAGGUUUACAAUUUCGAGAAAAAAUAUGAUGUGAAUCUUAAUGAUAUUUCUUACAAACCAACGGAGUUUAACGCAGUGCAGCCUAAAGUCAUCGAAAGAGAUAUUACGAGUUACGAGUUUCCAAUGAUAGAUAAUAAUUUGCAACAAGAGUCGAAAGACAAGAACAUUGACUCUUUUUUAUAUGAACCUAAAGUAUUGUAUUCUUGUUCUUGUGCAAAUUGUAUGUCACAUGACAAAGAUAUUAUAUUUUAUGAAGAUCCAGUUUCAACCUUUACAAGCAGUGACGACACACAAGAACCUUUCAUGUGUGAUUUGUAUACAAAUAUGUAUGACUUUUAUUUUAAUGAUUACUCUCAUAUAUUUGAUGAUAAUUUAAUGGGCUUUGAAGAGACAAAUCUUUACUGUGGAGAAUUUGGCGAGAACAAUAUUACGAAGGAAAUUUCGUACACUGGCGCUAAGAGUACAACAGAACUAAUUGAAAGCAGUGCAAACAUGUCGUCUGUUGACCAAAAUAAAUUACAAAAUUUACAACCUUGCCAUAUUGAUAGAAUACAAGAUUGUGUAGGAUCAUGUCCUACAGAACUUGUUACAUAUCCCAAUGGAACAACAAGAAUGGACAAUGUAAAAACAGUUUUGGACGAUAUGGAUACCUCCAAUUUAAAUUCGAAAAACUUUUCGAUGAACGAAAGCGAAAUAAUUUCUCAAGAUGAACUGAUUCCAACCAACUUCAAAUGUCAGACACCGAAAAAUAAAAAAGAUUUAUGUAUUUAUCGGUGUUCUGAAUGUGGGAAAUUAUUUAAUAAAAAGCCUCAGUUAUGGAAACAUUUUACUCGCUGUGACUUUUACAAAGAGAAUUUUAAAUGCCAUAUCUGCAGUAAAACAUAUAGGCAUAAGUCGUCAUUAGCUCAGCAUUUACGGAUAACGCAUAACGUCUUAUAUGGUCUUCACGACAAGUUCUAUACUUGUAACAAGUGUUCAAAAUCAUACGUCAGAUUUCGCGCUUUUCAAAGGCAUCUGCUUCUUCAUGAUGAUUAGUAAGUCUAAUUAAACGUCACUGAUAACUGAUUUCUAAUGUGACGUUUUUAAACUGAGAUUGCCAUUAAGAAAUUGCGAAAAUCGUACUUGACAUGAACAUUAUAGAAGUGCACAUAGCAGUACAAUGUGUUAACUGUUUGUUCGAUAUAUAUUUAACUCGACAGAUAAUUUCAGAUUUUACGGAUAAUUUUACUUUUUGAUAAGCUGAUACUUAAUUUUUUAUAUUUUUUGUUAUUAUUUUUGUUAUCAGUUAUUUAGAAAUGUUCCUCUUUGUGUAAAUUUUCUUAUUAGUGUUUUCUACUAGACCUUUUUUUAGUUUACAGUGUAUUGCAGCAGGUCUUAUUACUACUGUAUUUCUAUGCAUCACAGAUUCUUCAUUUUGACAAGAAUUCUUCAUUUUAAGCUUUAAAUAUGUAAAUAAUAACAGAUCUCGAUUA